CGAAAGCCGAAAUCGGUCAGUAAUUGAUUGUAUCGACGGAAAGCCAUGGCCAGGGUAGUUUGCUGCAUAGGUGACACCCAUGGUUACAUGACCAAGCUCCAAAACUUGUGGUCUAACCUCGAAAAGGAAAUCGAUCCUUCGUUAUUUCAAUCUGCCAUCAUUAUCUUCUUGGGAGAUUACUGCGACCGCGGUCCCGAUACUUGUCAAGUUAUUGAUUUCCUGAUUCAAUUGCCCUCUAGGUACCCCAAUCAGAAACACGUCUUUCUCUCCGGAAACCAUGACUUCGCCUUCGCCGCCUUUUUAGGUCUUCUGCCUCCGCCGCCCGAUGGCUCGAAGUUCUCCGACACCUGGAAAGAGUUCGAGGCCAGUGAGGAUAGAGAAGGAUGGUACAAGGGUGAUAGUUAUGAAAAUAUGCAUCUUCAGGGGAGGCGAUGGGCUGGUUCAAUCAAGGUCAAGCACAAUACAGCCAAGGGCAUUGAUUAUAAGGGUUCCAUCUAUGAUGCUGCACCCACUUUUGAAUCUUAUGGGGUUCCUCAUGGUUCUGCCGAUUUGAUUAAAGCAGUUCCUGAUGAGCAUAAGAAGUUUCUUGCUGACUUAGUCUGGGUCCAUGAAGAGGAUGAAGUUUGUGUUGAGACCGAUGAUGGAAUCAAAAGCUGCAAGUUGAUUGCUGUUCAUGCUGGUCUGGAAAAAGGGAAAGAUGUGAACGAGCAAUUAAAACUUCUGAAAUCCCGGGAUACUCGGGUGCCUAAGGUAGUGCCUCUCAGCGGGAGAGACAGUGUGUGGAAUAUACCAGAGGAACUAAGUGCAAGUCCAACUGUCGUGGUUAGUGGUCAUCAUGCAAAACUCCAUGUGAAUGGCUUGAGGCUGAUUAUUGAUGAAGGUGGUGGAUUUGAAGAUAGACCAGUAGCUGCAAUUGUUCUUCCUUCAAAGAAGAUAAUUCGUGAUACAGAUGUUGUGGCAAAGUAGUUUCGUUCUUUCAUCCUUCAACCCACCGUUAGAAUACAGUAUGGUCAACAAUUAAGCUAUCAUCUACGAGAAGCUUUUAGUAUGAUUAAAUUGAAUGACACUGAGUAAUUUUGUUACCAUAUUGUACCCUUUUUAAUUCUUUGCCCUGUGACACAUAAGCUAUGUGUAGUGGGCGGGGUGCUGCACUAGUUAUUAUAUCAAGAGACCUCGUAGGAUUUUGAUACAUUCAAAUUCAACUAGUUAUUGAUGGGCCUCUGAAGGGAUGGGGAGAGACUAGCCUUGUCAUUGGUGAGAAGCAUCCCAAAUGUUUACCUGCAUGCAGAGUUCAAUACGAUACAAGUUGGCGGGAAAGACUGCAAUGCGACCUGGAUCUGGAUUUUCUCUUGGGAUUAUGUUGAAGUGUUGAACAGUUAGUUGUCCCUCUGCAUUCUUCAUGUCUAAAUCGGAGGCUUCCAGUUCUAAUCCCAAA